CAGCAACCACUACUUUGAUGGAAAACAAACGUCAUUUGUCCACUUUUCGUGUCCAGUUUAACUCUUUGAAGCUUCUCGGCUUAGCUUAGCAUGCUAACAAAGGGACGCGUCUGGAAUGAACUUUUUUCAUCAAGCCUGAGGCCGGAAAGUUUUUGUGAUCAUCGCGUGAAAAUGUGCGCAAGAAGCACAGCAGAGUACAAGGAGGACAUUUGGGGAGCAAAAGAGGAGAAGAAGCGACAACGUCGACUACUGGACGUUGUUUUUCAUCUCCAGCCUCGAAUUGUGCUACGCAGGGCAGAGACCAACAAAGCUCUUCAUCCUGACCAGCAGGGGGCAGUGGAGGAAGUGGAGCCUCUUUCCAUAAAAAAAAAGCAGGAUGAAGAGUGCCUCCACAUCCAGAAAAAGCCCACCUACAUCAAACUGGAAAAGGAAAUCAACUUUCCAUCGACUGGUCUCCCUUUACAGAGUGAUGUUGACGUUCGAAGUGAGGAGAGCAGAGGGGCGGAGCCUCCAACUCGUAGCUCAAGUCGAGGAAACUUGAAACGACACGUGAGAAGCCACACUGGGGAGAAACGUUAUGCCUGCUCGGUCUGCGGUAAAAGAUUCUCCGGAAAGAUGAAUUUAACAAUACACACAAGAACGCACACUGGUGAGAAGCCUUUUGCCUGCUCAGUUUGCGGUCAGAGAUUCACUCAGAAGGGAAACUUAACAUUACACGCAAGAACCCACACUGGAGAGAAACCUUUUCCCUGCUCAGUUUGCGGCCAACGUUUCUCUCAUAAGGUGCACUUAAAAGCACACACAAGAUUACACACUGGAGAGAAACCGUUUUGCUGCUCUUUUUGCAGCCAAACAUUCGCUGAUUAUGGAAACUUCCAAAGACACAUGAGAACCCACACUGGGGAGAAACCUUUUGCCUGCUCAGUUUGCGGUCAGAGAUUCUCCAUCAGGGGAAGCUUAAAAAUACACACAAGAAUACACACAGGAGAGAAGCCCUACGGCUGUUCAGACUGCGGUAAACGAUUCACUCAGACGGGACACUUAAAAACACACAUGCGACUUCACACCGGUGAUAAAACUUUUGCCUGCUUAGUUUGUGGCGAAAAAUUCUCCAUAAAGGAAAACUUAGAAAUGCACUCAAGAACCCACACUGGUGAUAAACAGUUUGUCUGCUUGGUUUGUGGCCAAAGAUUCAAAUUAAAGGGAAAUUUGAAAAGACACACGUUUAUCCACGCUCCCGAAAAACCGUUUGCUUGCGCCACUUGCGGCCAAAGAUUCAGUCAGAGGGAAAACUUAAAAAGACACACGCAAACCCACACUGAUGAAAAACAUUUUGUCUGUGCCGAUUGUGGACAGAGAUUCACUAGUAAGGACGGCGCUAAGACGCACAAGUGUGCUGGUGAAAAUCGCAGCGAUCGAGAAGUUUUAAGUUAAAUCUCAAAUGACCCCUCUGUACAGGGCACUUAACCACGCCUUCUGAAGUUACGUCACCCCACGUGUGGUAACCUCAGACAAACAAUUAGCAAAAAUGGCGGCGCACGAAGAAAAGACGAGAGCGAAAUUGUCCGAUUUACCAGCUAAUUUCUCACUCGCAUUCUUAGCAAAUAGUGAAAUAUCGUUGAAAAGCAGACAGCAGGGUUCAAGUAUUUCAGCGAGGGGUAUUUCAAUGGUAUUUACAUGCAUAUCGACGGAGAAACCAUCGAUAUUAGCGCGAGAUCUUUCCGGAGUCAGAGGAAGAACCGAGAAGCCACAUAAUAUAAUAUAUUAUAACCCAAAGACGAAUUCGUCAUUGACAGUUUCCUAUUUUCGCGUUACAUAUCACACUUGUGUGCAGAAUCUGUAUGUGUAUCUGUAUAGCCGUUUGUGAACCGCCAUAUGAAGGAAAAGAAGAAGGCGAGGCUUGAUUUACGAGUUGUUUCUCUCGUUUUUUUUGUGUAACGUCACGCGCUCCCCUCAAUAAUUAUUCUUGAAUUAGUGCCGAACCUACGUAAGUCCCGACCGAGUACGACAAUCACUACUUUAGUGUCCUCAAACAUCCUUCCUUCAGUCUUGGUGUCCCGGUGCACAUCGA